CAGCUUGGCUCGGCGUUCUCGUCCCCACGCCGCGGCCGAGCAGACCGGCGGAGGCACUGCGGCUGCGCGCGCGGACAGAUGGCGGACUCCACGGCAAUGACCAUCGACUUCCUCCGCGCGCGGCUGCUCUCCGAGCGGUCCGUGUCCCGGGCCGCAAAGGAGCGCGCGGACGAGCUCGCCAAGAGCGUCGCAGAGCUUGAGGAGCAGGUCCGGGCGGUGACGGAGCAGAGGCGGCAGGCGGAGCGGGCGGCCGCAGAGGUGCUCGCCAUCCUGGAGUCCCAUGACUUCAGCGGCCACCUCUCGGACGUGGACGACGACUUGGGCUCCGACCAGGACGGCGACGAGGAGGGGGAGGAGGACGCGAAGAGCCGCUGCGACACGGCCCGCGCCCUGGGGGAGGAGGAGCCGUCCGGGACGGCCCAGCCCGGCGGGCUGUCGUGGAAAGGCCGCAGCGUGAGCCCGCGCAAGGCCAGGCAGCUCAAGCAGAAGCACAGACGGAGCUACUUCUACUCUCUGUCCUCCUCCGAUUCCUCUCCCAAGUACCGGAUGGGGCAGUCGUGCCGCAAGAACAAGCGGCGGAUGGAGCCGAGAAAUGGCGGCAGCGGUAGGUCGGCGUCACCGGAAGAGGGCAGCGGUGACGUCGUGGCCGCGGAGAGUCAGAAGGCGCGGCAAGAUGGAUCGGACUGUACGGACGACGGCCAGGCUGACAUGGACGGUGGAGAUGAGCGGAGUUCAGGGGAUGGUAGUGGUGGCCAGUACGUGAUCAGGUGCGAGAAGGAUGGGGAGAUGGAGAGGGUGCUGGAGAGGCAGGCCGAGCUGAUAGGGCAGUACGAGGAAGAGGAGAAAGCUCAGAGGGAGUGGGAGAAGCAGUACAACGAGAACCGGAAGGCAAAUAAGGGUGAUGCUGAGGUACAGCAUAAGCCAUAUCAGGUCAAAAAAGGCCGGGAGCAGAGCAACCAACGUGCUACUGUUACAGACCAACAAAUUCAUUGUGAUGUGGAGGCAAAAUCAUGUCACAAGAAUCUCCCCAGCACCAGCAAUCCCUCUGCUGAAUGUCUGCCGAACGGUUCCCUUUCAGAAUCACUACAAAUCGCAUCACAAGAAAACUGUGCCCAGCUGCGUGAAGCAAACGACGAGCCUGAUCACGGUCGUGCGCAGGCUGCUUCUGUUUCAGCACAAGAAAGCUCCAAUACCAGCACGGUCACAAGGCAAGAUCAAGACCGGGGAGACGAAAACUCAGACGGCGAUUCAGGCUGCAACACUAAUGCUCGACCUCGUGAGCACUACGCCAUAAAAGCACCAUUAGAUGGGAGCCCCUCGAGUGACACCCUCAACAGCAAGGUCUCUGACAGGAGCUCGUCACACUUCCAUGACCACACAGACAGCCAGCUUGACACACAGACGUAUCGGCCGUCAAGCAGCAGCAAUGUGGACGUAGGGAGUGUCCUGGAAGCGCUUCAACGAGCCAGGAUUUCCCUGAGAGCCAAACUGACCAAGCCAGUUCCUCCCAACCAGGUGACCUUGGCGCUCCCAGCACCAGGAGAUGAGCACAAAGAACACGACGACAUGCCGGCCAACGACAACAGCAAUUCGUAUAGAGAAGAGCUCAGCAGUUCAAGUCCAGCUCGUCAGGAGAUUUUGGCUCUCCCGGCACCAGAGGAUUACCAUGAAAGCGUGGCUUUGCAGUUCAAUGACACCGGCAUUUCGGUCUCAGGAAAACUAAGCAGUUCAAGCCCUCGUCGUGAGGAGAUUUUGGCGCUCCCCGCACCAGGAGACGAUUACCGCAGGGAGAUAGAGGAUUACAUUAAGAUCCCCGUUAGCACUCCCGGAUUGUUUCGGCUGCCAACGGACUCGUUUCCAGUGGAUCAGACAAUGUUCUCAAGAAAUGCCUGUGGCUCAGAGUUUAGUUUGGGGGCAGCUAGUAGUCGGCAUGCCGUCUUCGCAAGCAACCCUGCUGCUACAGAGGUUCCAACGGUUUCUGGAGGUGGUUCUGUGUUUUCAGCGAAGCAACGCUGUGAUCUUCACAGUUCUGCACUGCUCUCAGUGCCUACUUCUGGUAGGUGCAGCGACAUUCCAAGACCAGAUUUUACAGUUGGGGGUACUUGUACUUCUCUUCCUUUUAGAAUUCCAGGGCUGAAGGAAGAUCUGAGGAGAGGAAUGCCUCUUGGAGAUGAAGAUUUGUUCAUGCAGCGUGGUAUCGAUUACACCAUUUCGAAUUAGUGGAUGUUGUAAGUUGUAACUACACGUCUAUACCACACGUCUUUUGUUGAUGUCUUCAUUUGUUAGCAUUUCUCUGCCUGUAGUUUGGUAUAGCAGUAUAGAGGUGUCUUCGUUUGUUCUGCAGCAUUCCUAUACAUGAGAUCAGCACAGAUAGAUUUGGCCCCACCGGACAGUGUGUCCCUGCAAACAGAAAGUGAAUCAUGAUACGUUGCU